AUGUCUGACGAUGGAUCAACUGCAGUUGAGAAGAAAGGAAGAGGUCGGCCUAAAGCAAAUGGAACACAAGCUGAAGCAAAAGGAGAUUUAAAGAAAAGAGGAAGACCAGCUGCUCCUGCAAAAGUAAAAGAGUCUAAAAAUUCUUCAGAUGAAGAACAGGCACCAGUAGCCAAAAGAGGUCGAGGAAGACCUAAAGGAUCUAAAAAAAAGGCAGCUGCACCUAAAGCCAAGUCUUCAUCAGGAGAAGGAAGAGCGAGAGGGCGACCACGUAAAGAUGCAGCUCCCCCUAAGAAAGAUACUGCAUCAUCUGAAGAGGAACAGGAUGAUGAAGAAGAAGAAGAAGGCUCUGACGAGUAA